AUGGGAACCUUUAAGAUCCUCCUCACGCUGGCGAUGGUGACAACGGCGCUCUCGCUGCCGACGCUGCAGACGCCACUGAAGCCGGAAGGAACCCCGGACCGGCUGGCGCAGCCCGUCACCCACGCAAGUCCUGAUGUCACUGUCUCUGUCGAACCCAAGUCUUCUGGCGAAUCGAAACAGGGAGAACGACUAGAAGGCGUCCGAUCAGUGAGCAAUGACCCAUCUCUGACGACCAAGAAACAGAGUGCGAGUGACGGCUCUGCUGUUCAAGCCACUCAGCACGUCGACACUCAUGACACAGCGGGCAAGGACUCCGUUGUUCAGCUUAAAAAGUCAGUAAAGCUGAAUAAUGAUGAAAAGCCCACGUUAGUCAAAGACGAGGCUAAAAGCGAUACGAAAGACACUGUUUCCCAUGACAAGCCUCUCGAGAGCCCAAAAGUUGAACUCAGCAACGAUGCCACAACUGCCAGUCCUUCAGCUGCCACGCCACAAGAGGCUGCAAAGCCGUUGAAGGGAAUAAUAGAGGAUGUGAAAGAUUUUGGAGCCCUGAAUGACGCUGUUGAACUGCCCAAGGACGUCACCUUGUCUGAUGACAACAGCAAUACUCAUGUAACCAAUACUGACGAUGGACACAAAUCUACCGACAAGGUUGAAUCGACGCCUGUGGUAGAUGAUGUAUCAAACACUGAGCUUACGCCAGGGCACCUAGAAUCUACGAACACCAACGCUGAUGUUACUAAGCAAGGAGAAUACGCCGUUACUGAAGAUGGCAAAAAGUCGAGCGAGGCUUCUGCUGUGACCCUACAUGAGGUCACUACAGUGAUAUCCGCAACAAAUGAAAACCGUCCAGGAAAUUGCCACAAAAUUAGCAAACGCGAGGACACUAAGCAUGAGUAUGAAAAAGACACUAUAGCUCAUGCUAUGAGUAACACUGGCAGUCCUAAAACAAAGGCAUCCAAGUCAGAUAUAUCAAAGCCCGCACACGUCAAGAUGGACGCGCACAAGUCCCCUAAACCACACAGCAAAACUAUACAGGAAACUGCUGACGAAAUGAAGCCUACAGGCUUUAAGACCUCCAGGGAAAUUGCCAGCCCAGAUACACCUGAAAUAAAUGCUCAGGAAUUAGACAUUGCAGAGGCCAAACAGACACCCGACACAGUUGUGAGCGGUUCCAGCCAAGUGGACCCUUCGACACAAGUUUCACCUGUAGUUUCGCCAGCCUCCGCACCUCAAGCCGCAGUUCCAACAUCUGACGCAGAAACACCGUCAACGUCGACCGAUAACACCGCCAAAAAUCAAACGGCGACUGCAACUGAAAGUGGCGGCGGCUUUAAUCCUUUUGGACCGAUCAGAAGUGUCUUUCAGCCCAUCAUUGACGUUGCAGCUUCCGUGAGGGAUCAGAUACGACCAGUAAUCGGAGCUGCACUCUCACCUGUUUUAGGUCCCCUCAGUCCAGGAAAAGGUGGAGCGACUCAAAAUGUCUCCGCUACUACGGUUGCGCAACCAUCAACAUCGGAAGGUAGUGCGACGUCUCCAGCAAACCCCACAGGUGUUGAAGAGCCACACAGGGAAACGCAAACUGUUGUCCCUGCUGAGACAGCUUCAUCGACGACUGUUCAGGAUAGCGCAGCUCCCGAGGUCAGAACACACGAGACUGGCGCUGAGACGGACGCCAAAACAGUGGCUCUCCCAGCCCUGGAAGCCAAUCGCAACGGAUCCCAGACCCCGUUGAGCCCAUUCCCGGCGCUUUUCGAUCCGGUUGCCGCGAUCAACCGCUUCACCAAGCCAGCAGUGGACGCUGCUACCAACGUACGUGACCAAGUGCGACCCGCCUUCGAAGCCGCCGUGGCGCCCAUCGUUGACGCGCUGAACCCGACCAAGGAAGCGGCAGACUCCAACGCCACAGUCGUUUCUUCUGAGCCGCAGCUGCGGGCAUCGGACGACAUGACCGAGAUCGCGGCCGAAGAGCCGAUGCAGCCGCACAAGCGUCGCUACUCCAAUUACAAGCUGUUUACCGUUUACAUCGGUAAUGACACUACAACCUUGGAUGUCAUCAGCGCACUCAGAGAAAAUACGGAGGUUGACUUUUGGAGUGCGCCCACACUGAAUCGCAAUGUGAGCAUCCUGAUUCCUCCGGGACUGAUUGAAAAAGUAGAAAAUAUACUCAAGAACGCUGGCAUAGAGUACCACAUCAUCACGGACGACAUACAACGGUGGAUAGACAGAGAAGAGGAAGAAAAUCAGCCUGGUGUUUUUUUAGAACAGAGAGAUAUAACACACUACGCUUUUGACAAAUAUCACCGUGUCGAAGAGAUAACAGGGUACUUGGACCUCUUGGCACAAAAGCACAGCCACAUUGCCACAGUGAGAAAUAUCGGAAUGACCCAGGAAGGAAGGCCGAUCAAAGGAGUGAUUCUGAGCACCGGAAGUAACCGGCCGGUCCUUUGGUUCGACGGUGGCAUCCACGCGCGCGAAUGGGUAUCACCGGCGUCGCUGCUUUACUUUCUGCACAAAAUGACAACGGGCUAUGGUUCAGACAGCACCAUCACGACGAUUUUGCAGACCUUCGACUUCUACAUCUUCCCCGUCGUUAAUCCCGACGGAUAUGCGUAUACUUUCACGUCGGAUCGCCUUUGGAGAAAAAACAGAUCUGGUGGUAGGCGAGGAUGCAGAGGUGUCGAUCCGAACAGGAACUUUGCUUCAGCUUUCGGAGGGGCUGGAACAAGCGGUCAUCCGUGCUCAGAUAUCUAUCGAGGCGGGCAGGCAUUUUCUGAGGCUGAAAGUCGUGCCAUACGUGACGCCAUUCUCGAGCUAGGAUCUCGAAUCAAAGGGUAUGUCACAGUCCACUCGUACAGUCAACUCAUCAUGGUGCCGUAUGGGCACGGCCGUGGCACCUAUACCAGGGAUUAUGCCGACCAGAUGUCAGCAGCACGGGCUGUCUCCAGAGCUAUACAGGUCCGUUCUGGUGUAUAUUAUCAAGUGGGAACCAUUUCAAGCCUUCUAGGCCCUGCAGCUGGGUCGUCUAGCGAUUGGGUCUACGACGGCGCAAAAAUCAAAUACUCCAUAGCUGUCGAAUUGAGGGACAAGGGACGCUAUGGCUUUUUAUUGCCGAAUUUCCUCAUUGUGCCAACAGCAGACGAAGCAUCGGAGGGCUUCAAAGCUCUCGCCAAGUUCAUCGCAAGAAGAGAGCUCAACAAGUCAAGGCGAAAGAACCUGUCCGCGGGCGGAAUCUUGACCGUGCCGCUCACUCAGCGGGACCUCCUCGUGCACCCAGACGUCUACGUCGGUGCAUCGGUCGCCCACGGCAGCAGUCGGGGGAGCAGCGUAGUUCCAGUUCAUCGCCGCCCGGAAGCCAGCACUUGCGGUCUGCUGUCGUGGACACUGUUUGCCAUCUUCAGCGCCUGCAAUGCGAGAGUCAGCUUCCAAGGGCACAAGCUCGUCAGAGCCUAUCUAAACUCAAUGUCCUCCGUCGAGUUGCUUCGAGACCUGCAGACGAACAACACUCAUCUGGACUUCUGGGACGAUCCUGUCUCACCCGAUCAGAACGUCACCAUACGCUUGCCUCCAUCGGAAGCUUUUACGUUCGAAAAACGUCUCGAACUUGGCGGAAUACAGUACACUGUUCUCACUGAGAAUUUGCAAGAGUGGAUUGAUCGGGAAAGAAAUGAUAAUCAAGGAGAUGGAGAUAUUUACCCUAGGGACGCUGAUAGCUUCCGUAUUGACAUGUACCAUACUCUAGACGAGAUAUACGGAUUCCUGGAUUCAUCUGUCCAAAAGUUUCCCAGCCUCGUCAGCCGUGUCACCAUCGGGAAAACGGAAGAUGGAGCGGCGAUUCGUGGAGUCAAGAUCAGCUCCGGGGGCAACUCCAGCCGGCCAGCCAUAUGGAUCGACAGUGGUAUCCACGCCCGCGAAUGGAUCUCCACAGCCUCAGCGCUGUACAUCAUUGACCGCUUGCUCAAGAACUACAAUGACAGCGACGACGUUACAAAAUUGGUUGACACCUUCGAUUGGUACAUAUUUCCUGUCAUUAAUGCGGACGGAUACAAGUACACCUGGACCACUCAUCGGCUGUGGCGAAAGAACAGGGUGAGAAACGUGGGAAGCCUCUGCCGUGGAGUGGACCCGAAUCGAAAUUUUGACGUGCGCUUUGGCCUGGCAGGUUCGAGCGCCAACCCCUGCGCGGAAAACUUCGCCGGCACGUAUCCGUUUUCGGAGCCCGAGAGUCGGGCCAUCAGAGACGGCAUCAACAACCUCAAGGACAGGCUCAAGGCGUAUAUCAACCUGCACUCGUACAGCCAAAUGGUCAUGAUACCAUACGGCUACUCUAAAGGAUACACCAGCGACUACAAGUCCCAGUACGAGGCUUUGGAGAAGUUGGUGACUGCCAUCAGAAAGCGGAACAGCGCCUUUUAUCGCCACGGCACAGCAGGACAGACGUUGUACAUCACGUCGGGUGCGGCGCUGGACUGGGUAUAUGACAAGGCCAAGGUGAAGCACACGUUCGUCGUCGAGUUGCGCGACCGUGGCCUGUUCGGCUUCAUCCUGCCGCGCGAGUUCAUCACGCCGACGGGAGACGAGCUUUUCAGUGGUGUGAAGGCCCUCGCCUUCCACAUCAUCAAGGCCGAACUGAAAUCCCGAUGAAAGCACGCCCCCGACACUACCGCAGGUGUCGGUCUGCAGGCAGACCGCCCUACUGCCCGCGCUUUUUGCGCCUCCAGUUCUUAACUAUUGCAGAAAAGUUCAAACUAUGCAGAAACUGUACGAUGACGCUGUCAAAAAUUUAGGACGCACCUGCGCAUGCGUAGUUCAGACGGCAAGUUGCGAAGGAAACCUUAAGCCUAUCACAUCGACGAGCAAGUUGGCCGUUCAAUUAAAAGGGAGAAACAAAAAGAGAGUGAAUAUAUGUUCUGAAAGGCAGCGAGGUCGGUCUGAACUAGCUUGCCCUGUGUUGUGGCUCUGCACUGGGGAAUGGCGACGGGAAGGAAAGCAGUUGUCAGGAGAGAGAGAGGGAAGUGCGCACAUAUAACUCCACCAGGGCGGCAUUUUUCUGAGCCCAGUCCAAUGUCGACAAUGUGUGGUAAUAAUUUUGCAGGAAGCUUGGUUAUCUGCCUUACUUCGAGUGUUUUUAGGAAAGAAGUGCGGGGUGCGAAACAUUCAAAUCGUUGACCUAUAAGAAUAUCGACGGUUGAGAAAAACUUCUCACAUGUAAUAACUGCACGACGCAGCGGCGAUGGACGAGACAUAGGUAGUUCGACUUUGUUGGUGAUAGGCAGACAGCUAUAAAAUUAUUCGCAUACUAGGUGUCAUAUACUGCUUUUGUUUUGUUAUGUUUAGGUUGCAGCAAAUGGCAGCUGGCAGCUGCGCCUGGCAGGUAUGCCUGAGAUGCGGGGAAGGUGUUGGUCUGCCCAUUCUGUGUGUUAGAGCUGAUAUUCCUGCAUCCCGUGCCUUAAUUUCAAUGUAACGUGUACAAUUACAUUCGCGUGAACGUAAAUUGAGCACUGUCCGUCUGGCAUAAUCCGGACUGCGAACAAUUGUUCAACAUUGCAACUUCUUGGUUUGAACCAGCAACCUAAACCGAAAUGCGUCCCGCCAGAACCCGUUCUCAGAAUGUCCAGAAUAUAUCCAUAAAUCAAGUGUGGGACUGCAUUUUUUUUAAAAUUUCGAUCCAUAGAAAAUGGUGCACUUCUAUUUUUGUCGAUGACAUCACUAUGACCUACGCAGUAAGACAACAUUGGCAACAUUAAGCAUAGGUGCACAGUGAUGUUGUUUGAACUUAUUGUUUCAUUUUUAAAUAGAUCUCGCCACAAAGAAAUGUAAUGCAGCAGCUGUUUGUACUAUUCAGUGGCCUCCCGACCUCCUUAAGUUGACAGUCAUGAUUCAUUUAAAUUAUUCAGAUCUCAACUGCUCCUCAUUGAUCACUCAUUAAAGAGAAGAAUGUGCUAUUCCUAUAUCACGUUUGAAUGUCGGCAUGAAUUUGUAGCAGCUGUUUCAAAGGUGGAUUUUCCAUCCAUUUUGCUUCCUAUUUUGCCCGACAUUUCUACACAUUAUAAAGAUGAUAAAGAAUAUUGAGUGUCACUUGUUC